UUGGGCUUCGUCUGCUAGCGAUGAUAUUGCACCGGGUGGCCAAUUCACCCUCGGAGGCCGCAAUACCUCGCUCUUCACCGGAGAUGUGACGUUCGUAGAGCUACUACAACAAGACUACUGGACUGUCCCUCUAACGAGCAUCAUGAUCCCUUCUUCGACGGGUGGAAAUGGACAGACCUUGACUCCUACGGCGCAAGAGGCCACUGCAAUCAUUGAUAGUGGUAGCACCAUCAUCACUGGACCCACAGAUAUGGUCGAGGCAUUCUACGCUGCCAUCCCGAACGCCGUCAAAGGAGAGACAGUCGACAGGAGUCUAGAAGGCAACUGGGUCAUCCCCUGCGAUACCAAUAUCAACCCCCAGUUCACAUUCGGAAGCGCAACCGUCACACUCCCCGCAUCCGUGCUCAAAGAAGCCCCCAUCAACUUUACAUCCCACUCUACCUCUCACUCCACCACCACCUCCUCUCAACAAAUCUGUCUCGGCGCCCUCGUAAGCUCCUCAACGCUCGCCGGUGACUCAUCCCAAGGACCCGCUUGGAUAUUCGGCGACUCCUUGCUCAAAGGCACCUACACCGUCUUUCGCUACGGCGACCCUUCUACCGGCGAAAAACCCGCAGUCGGAUUUGCCAAAUUGGCUGGAACUGAGACGGGGACGGUGGGCACAGGACCGUCUGAGACGCUUACUAGUAGUAUUACGACGAGGAGUAUUACCG